GUGUGCGUGUGCGUGUGCGUGUGCGUGUGUUCAUGGCUGGAGGCUCCUGAUGGUGCUCGGUCUGGGUGAAGUGUGCGUUAAGUGGCUCCGGAGUUUACAACAGAUGAGAUGCUGCAGGCUGAAGCACAGAUCCAGACAUGACAAGCCUUCUGAACAGCCAGCAGGAUGAUUCCCUGUCACCAUUAUGGAUUUAAAUCGCUAUCAUAAUUUCCAAUUACUUGCCUGCACAGUUUUCAUCUCAUCACUGAUUGUGACAGAGGGUAUUUCUGACAAGCAACCUGCAGCAGUGGACCAUUGCUCACCAAACCCCUGCCAAAACGGGGCCAUAUGUCAAACCUGGGUGGACCAUUACGCCUGCUUCUGUGUGCCGGGUUUCCAGGGUACUCACUGUCAGAUUGAUGUGAAUGAGUGCAUCUCAGAGCCCUGCAGGAACGGAGCCACCUGUGUGGAUAGAGUGGGCAGAUUUUCCUGUCUGUGCUCUUCUAGAUUCACUGGAACCACAUGUGAGGAAGAGAUUGAUGAGUGUCAAUCAAAGCCAUGCCUCAAUGGAGGCAGUUGCUAUGACUACGCUGGUAGCUUCACUUGCACCUGCCCACUCGGUUUCCAAGGACAACAGUGUGAAGAAAAUGUUGACGAGUGCCAACAGCAACCCUGCCAAAACGGAGCUGUGUGUAUUGAUGGAGUGAAUGGAUACAGCUGUGACUGCUCUCACACAGCCUUCACGGGGGCACACUGUGAAACCUCCAUCCCAUCAUGCCACUCUGAACCAUGCUUCAACAGCGCCCCCUGUAGGGACCACCAUGGAAACUACACUUGUGAAUGUUGGCCAGGGUUUGAGGGACGGCAAUGUGAGAUUGAUGUUAAUGAGUGCGGCAGCAGCCCUUGCAUGCACGGAGGCCUCUGCAUUGAGAGGUCGUGGCAGGUUCUGUAUGGCAGCGAGCCCCUGCUGCCUGCACACUACGACCAACAACAUGCUGCAGGAUACAUCUGCAGCUGUCCUGCAGGAACAUCAGGUUCUCUGUGUCAGGAGGUGAUGAAUCCGUGUGACCCCAGUCCUUGCCAGAACAGCGGAGUGUGCGAGGCCGGUGUUGGAGGUUACACGUGUCACUGCCUCAGCCUGAGCCCUGGCGCCUUCCUGUAUGGAGGUGUUCACUGUGACGUGAGGCUUCUAGGCUGUGAUGCCCAUGACUGUCAGAAUCACGCCUCCUGCUCUCCUUUCCUGUUGGAUGAAACUCACAGCUACAGUUGUUUGUGCACACCUGGCUACACUGGCCCCCACUGCACCACCUCGACCACCUUCUCCUUUGAACGCAGUGGCUACCUGCUGCUGCAGAGCCCCCUGGUGGACACCGAGUUCUUCUGCAACAUCACCUUGAGUUUCAGGACGGUUCUGGCGAAGGGGGUGUUGUUCCAGCGCAGCACUGAAGGGAUGGUGCUGAGCCUGGAGCUGGAUGAGGGAAGGCUUCACCUCACACUCAGGGAGGAGGUGGACUCUGAGAGUGUAAUCCAAGCUCUCGACCUUCCACGCAACGUCACAGAUGGAGAGUGGCAUUCUGUCGAGGCCGUGCUUGGAAAUCGCGUACUCAGCUUAAAACUUCUGGACAAUUUUUGGAUCUGUGAGAGUUACGAGUGCCACAUGGUGGCCUCAGCCCAAAGCAGCCUGGCUGGAGAUGUGAUACACACUCAGAGCACCUUAAUAGGAGGAGUGCUGGAGGAAACAAAUGGAGGCAGUGAGCUCCCAGCAUUCAUCGGCUGCAUGCGGGAUGUGUUUGUGGAUUGGCAGCUUGUUCUCCCUGAGGAAUGGCUGAGCGAAUCUGUAGUGAACGUUUCUCCUGGCUGCAGUCACAGGGAUCGCUGCCUGGAUGUGCCGUGCCAAAACAGAGGGCAGUGUGUCAACCUGUGGCAGAGCUACCGUUGCAUCUGUCCAAGGCCUUACAAGGGGCACAACUGCGAGGAGGAACAUGUGACUGCACGCUUUGGUAAUGAGGACUCUCACAGUUACGCCGUGUUCUCCAUCACUGAUGAGCUGGUUCACAACCUCAACAUCUCCCUCUUCUUGCGUACACGGAAGAGCAGCAGCCUCCUCUUGGUGCUCGCCAACAGCAGUACCCAACACCUGCGUGUGUGUCUGGAGGAUGGCAAGCCUGCCAUUCAGCUCAAUAAUGGCGAGAUUCUGAGGGCUGAGAGUGCGAUCGAUGAUGGCGAGAUCCACUUUGUGAGUGUAGAGGUGUCGCAGGAGCACAUGGUGCUGCAGGUAGACUCUCAGAAACAGGGCAAAGUGCAGGUGAGGACAGUUAGUGUCCAAUCAGUGGAUGUGGUCCUCGUAGGAGGGAUGACGGACAGCUGGACGACUGCUGAGUUUGGUGGAUAUUUCAAAGGUUGUAUCCAGGACCUGCGGAUCAAUGAUAGGAGGCUGCAGUUUUUUGGGGUGGAUGCAUCAGUGAGAUCCUUCCCUCUGGUUGGCAUGGCAAAUGUGACCUCUGGGUGCUCAGGAGAAAACACCUGCAGUAGAAACCCUUGUCUGAAUGGGGGGAUGUGUUUCUCCACAUGGGAUGAUUUUAGUUGUACUUGCCCCCCCAGCACAGCAGGGCGGCACUGUGAAGAGGUCCACUGGUGUGAGCUGUGGCCAUGCCCCUCAGAUGCACAGUGCAGGAUGCUAAACCAAGGAUAUGAAUGUUACUUCAAUGUCACGUUCUGGAACAGCAGCACUGUUUUGUCCUACCGGGGAAAUGGACACAUAAUCCGCAACCUAACCAAUGUGUCCCUGAACCUGCGCACGCGGCAGCGCCAUGCUGUGAUCCUACAUGCGCAGAAGGAUUCAGCGUUCUUUACGAUCGCUGUCCGGGAUGGUUUCUUCUUCAUGGAGCUUCAAAGCACCUGUAGACAUACAGCGGAAGAGGAGGAGGUGGAGGAGGAUCAGCAUCUGCGUUUAGUCAACCUGAGCAGCCAGAGGAGUGUAAGUGAUGGCAAGUGGCACAGCUUCCACCUGUUCAUGGCGGCACCGUGGGCACACGCUUCCCAUUGGACACUCGUGUUAGAUGAUGACAUACAGAAAGCCAUUGUUUCAAAGAGCCUAGGGGGCAACUUAGACUUCCUCAGGGAAGGGGUGGACAUUUUUUUGGGAGGCCUGGGUCCUGGCGCUGGUGGGAUCCUGGCAGGGUGCCUGGACACGGUGGAGGUGGGUGGCAUCGCCCUGCCUUACUUCAGCUCCUCUGAGGUGAACCUCCCACGCCUCCAGGAGGAGCAGUUCAUCCGGACAUCACCAUAUUUAGUGCUGCCUGGGUGCAGCGGGGCAUCUGUGUGCCAACCCAACCCCUGUCUGAAUGAAGGGCAGUGCCAGGACCUUUUCAACACGUACAACUGCAGCUGCACUGAGGGCUGGGCCGGACGGCGCUGUGAUGUCCUGACAGAUGCCUGUGCUUCUCGUCCCUGUGUCCACGGCAACUGCAGCGCUAAUGUGCUGACCUACAACUGCACCUGUGAGUUUGGAUACAGAGGUGUAGACUGUGAGAAGGAGGUGGAUGUGUGCGAGAACCACGUGUGUGCCCACGGAGGAACCUGUCUGCACGGGCCGGGGAGGUACACAUGCCUGUGUGCUGAGAACUACACCGGACCUUACUGCAAUGAAAGUGUGAAAGAAAUUCCAUGGUACAUUGUUGUCAGAAACGUUAAACAGCCCAAACUUCCUGUUUCUGUGUGCGGAGACGACACCAGAAACUACACCUGCUUCAAUGGAGGGAACUGCACCGAGCGAGAUCUGUCCUGUGACUGUCCACCCGGCUUCACUGGACACAGGUGUGAGCAGGAGGUGGACGAGUGCAAGUCCAACCCGUGUCUGAACGGAGGCUACUGCCGCAACCUCAUCGACAGGUUCAUCUGCGUGUGCGACAUGAGCUACGCCGGAGACGUGUGUCAAAUGGAUCUGACCUCUGACGGUUUGACCUCUGACAUCUUGCUGCCCAUCAGUCUGGUGUCCAUUGUCCUGCUUCUGGUUCUGAUUCUGACCUCUGUCGCCCUGGUAAUGAUGACCCUCAACCGGCGCGCUACCCACGGCACCUACAGCCCUAGCCGGCAAGAGAAGGAGGGAUCUCGGGUGGAGAUGUGGAGCAUCACCCACCCACCACCUGCGGAGAGACUCAUAUGAAACAAAUCAGGACUGUGACCAUGUGCAUGGGCAAUUUUAGCCACUCAGGAACUGAUGAUCUACAUCUGUCUUUCCUGACUGGCAUAUUUGGGCGUAGCACGUAUAUCUGGAAUCUCUGAUUAUUUUUUUGAAUAUCUGCAUUUCAUCCACCUGCUGGUGAUGCGCUGCACCUGCCCACAGCACAUCUAUUGAAAUUGAAGGACUUAACUGCUCAUAAUUAAUCACAGCUGCCAGUAUCUCUGUGUCUGAUCUAUAUUUUUAGGAUAGAUGGGCCAAAUCUGCAAGCGUUGAAUCACAUUAAUAGAUAUACAGCACAAGCAAAUGGAAACAAACAAAUAAAAAAUAACCUCAUUUCAAGCUACUUAAAACUUGAAAAUCAAACAAGCUAAGAGAGAUAGACUGAAAUUGUCUUUUCUUCAGUUACAUUCACACAAAAUCCCUUCUACAGGGUUGUUGGUAUGAUGGUGUUAUUUGAGUUUUAGAAGGCAACAGCCUUUAAACAACCAAAAAAAUAACAGCUUACUUCUCCAAUAUAAUACAUUGCUCAGCUCAAACACACUCUCUCUCACACACACCGACCUUGAACAUCUCCCUCACUUUUUUCUUUCAAGGUUGAAAUCAUACAAAAUCCCUUCUGCGGGAUUGUGUGAAUUUGUGACCCUGUUAGAGUUUUAGAAUAUAACCCGUUACACAAUAAUGAAGGAAAUGUUUAAUUCCAUAAUUUAUGACAUUUCUUCCUUGCGACCCGAUCUCAGACAAGCGGAUGGAGAUGAGAUGAGAUUUCUUGGUGUAAACACUCUCACAGACCCUAUUCACCACAUACUGUACCUUUUGCACCUACAACCCCUGGCAAAAAUUAUGGAAUCACCGGCCUCAGAGGAUGUUCAUUCAGUUGUUUAAUUUUGUAGAAAAAACGCAGAUCACAGACAUGACACAAAACUAAAGUCAUUUCA